UAGAGAGCAAGACCGUACUGCUUCCGCAACAAAGAUGGCGGUACCCAUGAGUAUAGGGUCCCUUCUGCUGUCGGAACUAAUUGAAGACCCAUUAUAUAAAGAUGAAGGCCUCUGUGUCCUGGGAAUAUUCGGGAAAAGCGCAAUGCAGCCUGGAUCUGCCAAAGAAUCCCUCAUAAAUACACUGGCAGAUAAGCAUGUAUUUCCUCUGUUUGGGCCGGAUGAACCGGACUGUCCCGGAGGGGGAAGCUUUAUUCAGGCGUAUUAUAACCAGGAGAGUCGUGUUCUGUAUCUGGUGCUUACUUCUGUGUGUGACAACCGACAGCUUCUCCGGGCGUGUGAAACUUUAGGUGCGGGGAUCGGGCACUCGGAAGCGCAUGAUUUCUGGAAAGGGGCGGAGAAACAACAUUGUCUGCAGUUACUUUACCUCUUCUCGCUGUGCCAUGUUUUGCUCCUGGUCCAUCCUACGUGCUCUUUUGAUGUCACCUACGACAGGCUGUUCCGCGCCUUGGACGCGCUUCGACAGAAAGCGCUGCCAUUGCUACGUGCCGCCAUAAAGGACUCGCCAGUUUCCAAGGAAUGGAAGGUUAAUUGCAGGCCAUGUCCUCCGCGCCUGCUCUUCGUAUUCCAGAUGAACGGAGCGCUCAGAGUGAGCGGCGGGACUUCGGGAACGGGACUGGGUGGUAACGGCACAGACUCGCUUGGAGGUGACAAGCCCAAGAAGCACUCUCCACGGAGGCGACUCCAGCAUGCUUUGGAGGACCAGAUAUACAGAAUUUUCCGUAAAAGCCGAGUCCUUACCAAUCAGAGCAGCAAUUGCCUCUUUACCGUGCCUGCUAACCAGGCUUUUGUGUACGUGGUUCCUGGGCCCGAUGAAGACCCGGUGGGAGCCUUGCUAGGGCAGCUUCGGGCAAAUUGUGCUCUCAGAGAAAAUGAUACGGGCCUGUCUGUGUCCGGACCGAGGCGCUACCAGCAGAUGCGUCAUGCCGCAAGACAGCCUUCAUUCACUGUGGAGAAUAGCAGCCUGUCGUCUGCGGGUGGGCAGUUGGUGGACUGCACCCUGAAGGAAUUCUUGUGGCAGCAUGUUGAGCUCGUAUUGACUAAGAAAGGCUUUGAUGACAGUGUGGGUCGCAACCCACAGCCGUCACAUUUCGAGUUGCCAACGUACACGAAAUGGGCCCAAGUCGCUUGUAGAUUGUAUCAGGUCAUGAUAGACAGUGGUGAUGAAGAAACGGCUGAGCUUGCCGCCAAAGUGCAGGGACAGCUGAAGGUCCUGGAGGGUUUUCUUGAUGCCGACGCGAAGUUCUCUGAAAACAGGUGUCAGAAAGCUCUGCCGCUCGCUCACAGCGCGUACCAGUCCAACCUUCCGCACAAUUACACCACCACAGUGCACAAGAAUCAGUUAACGCUAGCGCUACGUGUGUACAGCCAACACGCUCGUGGAGUGGCGUUCCAGCGGUACGCUCUGCAGCUGCACGAGGACUGCUAUAAGUUCUGGAGCAACGGACAUCAGCUGUGCGAGGAACGCAGCCUGACGGACCAACACUGCGUGCACAAAUUUCAUCUGCUACCUAAACCAGGAGAAAAGCCAGAAAUGGACCGAAAUCCACCAAUCCUCUUCCACAACAGCAGGGGGCGCUCUACCAGCUCCUGCAACUGUGGUCGCAAGCAGGCCCCCCGCGAGGACCCCUUUGACAUCCAGGCUGCCAACCACGAGUUCUACCAAAUUCUGGAGGAAAAGUGCUGUGCUAAGCUAGAGAGGACCCACUUCCCCGUCUUUCAGCCCAGCACCCUGGACCCUGCGCCAGCCUGUGAUGAGGUGCCCCAGCCUCCCGAGUCGGGGGUGGUGGUGGUGGUGGUGGGGGGCUCCGGGGACGGGGAGCGUCUGAAGGAGAAGGAGGCCGUGAGCCACACCCCCGGGGACAGCACCAGCCUCAGUCUGGCGCUCAGCCUGGGCCAGUCCACGGACAGCCUGGGUCCCUACGGCGACGGCGGGGAGGGGCAGGAGAAGCGGCCCAGUCUGGUGGACCGCCAGCCCUCUACGGUCGAGUACCUCCCCGGCAUGCUGCAUUCCGGCUGUCCCAAGGGGCUCCUGCCCAAAUUCUCCAGCUGGUCCCUGGUUAAGCUGGGCCCGGCCAAGGCCUACAACUGCCACACGGGGCUGGAGCAGCCGGGCUUCCUCCCGGGCUCCGCCUUCCUGCUGCCCUGGGACGUGGUGAUUCGCUGCCGGGCGGAGGAGGAGGCGGGGCUGUCGGAGCCCCUGGACGGAGGCCCCUCCUCCUGGCCGGCCCCGAACAAGGCGCUGGCGGGCAAGCGGGGCGGGGUCGGGGGGCUGGGCCGCGGCCGGAGGCGGGACGACGUGGCCCGGGCCUUCGUCGGCUUCGAGUACGAGGACAGCAGGGGGCGCCGCUUUCUCAGCUCGGGGCCCGACAAGGUGGUGAAAGUGCUGGGCCCCGGCGGCGCCAAGGAGCCCGCCACCCGGGUGCUGAAUGCCGACAUGCCGCUGUACAUACCCUCCCCUGCCCAGGGGCGGGGCCUCAAGCCCCACUACGCCCAGCUCUCGCGGCUCUUCGUCGUCGUCCCCGACGCCCCUCUGGAGAUCACGGUCAACCCGCAGGUCCAGCCAGGUCCGCCCCCCUGUCCGGUGUUCCACCCGGAGCAGACUGAGCUGGUGCUCCCUCCCGACGGGCUCUGGGUCCUGCGCUUCCCCUACUCCUACGUGACCGACCGCGGGCCCUGCUACCCGCCCAAGGAGAACCAGCCCCUGGCCAGCUACCGGGUCCUCAAAGGCAUCCUGCGUGCUAACACCGCCAGCACCCCGCCCCAGUGACCGGCCCUCGGGACCUGGGCCCAAAACGUGAAUAAUGCGGGCCGGCCUGAGGGAUGCGGUCCUGGGAAGCAGAACCGACCACAGAGGACGAGACCCAAAGUCCUUUCCCGUUCUGCUACGUUUCUGACAUGUCCCCCCUGACAAGGAAGAGCUGACAGCCACAGCACCAGCUGUGCCCCAGACAGUUUACGCUUGUGCUUGGUGGAUUUUUCCACUGAUGUGGAGACUCACUGUAGCUUACAGAACCAUAGUGAUAAGGACAAAAGUACAUUUUUCUUCUUUUU